AAACUGUCGAAGCUCGAGAGACUUAGAGAGACGGAGUUCAUAAAUAUCAAGAAAGUAGAGAAGAUACAAUUCCACCCUACCGUAUAUUAACUGACGAAUUAUACCAUUAAUGAAUCUUCGAGAAGAAUCCGUUGAAGGCUAUACAGAAAUAAAAAGAAACAACACGAUCCAGAAGCUCUCACUACGAUUGAUUGCGUCAUCAUAAUAAAAUGUAAACAAAGAAGCAAAGCGUGAAUGAAAUCUGAAUAAAUACGCCCGUAUUAAUGGGGGCAGAUAUAUUACGGCAUUCAGGCUUGAAGGUUAUCAGGGCGCAAAGGAACAUUAAUGUCAAGAUCAAACACUAAUUCUAAUUACUUAAUAAGAUUUGGGAAAUUAUUGCUGCGGUUCGGCGUUCCACCUUCGGAUAUUGCGAAAACAAAACCUUCAGAGUUCCUAAAAGUCAUAGCGGAAUUCGCUUUAGAGUACCGCACUACGAGAGAAAGAGUCCAACAGCAGAUGGAGAAAAGAGCAAAUCAUAGGGAGAGGAACAAGACCAGAGGCAAAAUGAUUAUUGACGUCGGGAACUAUUCGAACAAAAACGGAGACCACACUGCUGAUCACGCCCUAAAGGAACUCCUGAAGACAGAUCCUGAUACUGACAGCCUCACUGAAGGGAGACGCAAGUCACAGGCCUCCACUAACAGAAUGCUAGUCAACGGAGAUCUGUCAGCCGACGACGAGAUCAUUGAGAGUUUGGUGCGAUCCGCCACAUCCAAACGCCGAACUGCCCCUAGAGAACGGAGAAGGAAUCGAAUGUCCGACAAAAAGAACUGGAACAGAACUCUGGACGGACAUCAGUCCUGGCCCAGAAGAGAAAGUAGUCCAGGAUCAACUGCCGAGAUCCAGCAGAGAUAGUCAACAAGAAAAUUGUCUUUAGUUUAACCUACUUGUAAAUUAUUAUUUAUUUAAGAAUCAAACAGGGACGUACUCGUGCUACUUGAAGAACGAAGAACUUAAUAUUAUUAAAGUAUCGUAACUUUUAUAAUUUUGUUAACAACAAACAAGGUGAAUGACUUGAUACCGCUAACAACCUGAUUAGCGUCUUUACUAUCAGUUUUUGUCACAUGUCAUUUUGAUUUACUUUAUGUAAUUAUUAUAGUUUUACUGCGUUUACGACACAAAUUAUCCGCAAGGUAGUGUUAACGAAAAUCAAUAUUUCGACGCUUGAAAGGCAAACGUGACUAAGCGACAAUGCGUGAACUUUACAGUAGACUAAUUUAAAGUUGAAAUACCUGAAAUCAAAAUUUAUUUUAACGAAUCUAGCUGUAGUAGAAUCUAGCUAGUAGCUGUAGGAUUGAAAUGAUUUUAAUAUACCUAGAAAUUUAUUUAUUUUGCGCAUCGAAUAUGGGUAUUGCCUAUCAUCUAUGUAUAAAUCAGUUAUUGUCGCUUAGUCACUUUUGCCUUUCAAGCGUCGAUUUAGUUUCGUUCUUAUGUAGCUUUUUUACCUGGUCGUGUCAGGAAAAUUGUACAAUGUAGUUACAUACAGAUGCGUGUGUCAAAACAAAUCUGAGUACGUCCGUAUGUUGUGAAGAAUCUCAUACGCCGGGCUGGCUCCUUCAUUAUUAUUCUACAUGAAACGAGAACGAAUUUUGCUAUGAAAAUGUAUCUAAUUUAUACUUGUAGAAGAACAACGGCAUUUUUACACGUGUUACGAGUAAUAAACUAGAAUUCCCUUAAUAUAUUAGUAUAUUUAGAAUUCCCUCUUUUAACGAAUUAAUUAAGCUUUCCCAAAGAAAAUGUGAAAAUUUUAAAUUAAUACAUAACAUUACUUUACAGUUUUUAUUACUGUUCUGUGUAAAUGUUUACCUUACUGUGUAGAUGUUUACCUAAUGUACGAGUAUUAUGGUCUCGAAAUUAACGAAGAAUCUUAAGUUAACCUUAGGUAAAGUCACCAAUUUUGUUAAAAAAAUGUCAUCCAAGUAAAUGUCAUUAUUGCGUAUUUUUGCGAUAGCUAUUUGUCACUCAUACCGUAUCUGGACUAUAAUAGACUCAAUAUAUCCAAACCUUAUCUACAUAUUCCCCAUAAAAAUUACAUUUUACUAACGUAGAAAGGACACAAUUGUAUGGGAUAAGCUAAUGCAAAGUCGUAUUUUCUAUAUCAAUUCCAAUCAAUUGCUUAGUUCCUACAAGCGUAAUGCUAGUAGAAUGUAACAGUGCAUAACACAAUUACACUAAAAAUGUAAAUAGCAUGACGACAGUACCUGAAAAAGGCAAAAGCUUUGUCACAUAAUAAUUGUCCAGGUUCCUUUAUUUUUAGAUGUAACGUGUUUUUUUUUAAUAACGUAGAAAAUACCUUUUUUAAAUAAACUAUAGUUUUUUUGUAUUUCUAUACAUUCAUCAUAUAAACUACUACUUUACAUUUACUUGUAGAGAAAAAUAAUAGAAACUUCCGAGUAUGGCAAAUCUAGUAAAAUCGGGGGCUUUACCUGUUGUAUUUUAUUGUCUAACAUUUAUAAACAUUAUAUGAAGGCAAUUUGGCACGUAUUGUUAAAUUAAAAUGCAAUUAUUAAACUAAAA